GCAGAACUGCAUGCUGCGUGUUUUGAACAACGAUACAAACGGACAAGUGAGAGCGAGCGCUAGAGUUGACGAUCGGUACUGUAGUUUCUCUCUUUCAUACGUUUUAAUUUGUUUUCUUCGAUCGGUGGCAGUCAUACCGCUGUUAACGAUGAGGAGAAGUGAGGUACUAGCAGCAGAGUCUGUUUCAUGCCUCAACAAAGCCUUGUGCCACUUGAAGGACAUUUGGGAAGAGAUUGGCAUUCCAGAAGACCAAAGGCUACAGCGAACUAAUGUUGUUAAGAACCACAUCAAGAGCUUACUUGAUAUGAUGAUCAAAGAAGAGGAAUCCCUGAGGAGCAGAGUUAUAAGCAGCAUUCAGAACUGCAAAACUGAACUGGAGAAGCUCUGUCUCGAACUUCAGAUUCCUAUGUUUCAGGAUGAGGUUGGUCUGAGCAUGCUCCAGCAGGAGAAGAACCUACGUACGCUGGUCGCUGGCCUGAGAAAGGAGAAGACUCGCCGUAUGCAAGAGCUGAAGGCUCUGCUGGAGCAGGACCACGAGCUGUGUGACAUCCUGUGCUCCAUUCCAUUUGGUAUCUCCCCAGAUUCCGUUCCCUCGAAGGACCAACUGGAGAGCUUUCACCAACAUAUUGCAAACCAAAAUGCAGAGAAGACAAAUCGGUAUGCUGAAUUCACGGGCCUCAAGAAGCAGAUCAUCUUGUGCAUGAAUGAUCUGGAUCACAUGCCGGAGACCAGCUUUGAGAAGGAUGUUGUCGGCGAGGACGAGGACUCUUUUUGCCUCUCUCGUGAUAACAUUACCUCACUCAAACUGCUUCUUUGCCAGCUGGAGCAACGCAAGAAAGACAACGAGUUAGCCUGUGAGGCUCUUCGAGAGAAGAUCCAGCAGCUGUGGGACAGACUGCAGGUAUCCCAGGAGGAGAGAGAGGCUUUCACUGAACACAUGGUCAUGUCCAAGAAGCGCAACCUGAAGGCGUUGCAAGCAGGGCUAAAACAUCUGGAGGAACUAAAACUGCAGAACCUUCGCAAUGUUACAGAUGCCAUUCGCUCUGAGAUCGCUGUGUUUUGGGAGAAAUGCUUCUUAAGCACUGAGCAACGGCAGGCAUUUUCCCCAUAUUUUAGUGAGGAUUUCACUGAGGACCUACUGAGUAUGCAUGAUGCUGAGAUUCAGCGUCUGAAGCAGCAUUAUGAGGCUCACAAAGAGCUUUUUGAUGGCGUUCACCAGUGGGAAGAAAGCUGGAGACACUUCCUGGAGUUAGAUAAAAAAGCAUCAGAUCCAUCGAGAUUUACAAAUAGAGGAGGGAAUCUGCUCAGAGAGGAGAAACUGAGGGCUGAUUUGCAUAAAAACCUGCCAAAGCUGGAAAAGAAACUAAAAGGCCAGAUUGAUGCAUGGGAAAGUGAGCAGGGCAGCGAGUUUUUGGUCAAUGGCCAGAAAUUUCUUCAAUACGUAAACGAACAGUGGAAGUUGCACCAAGCCGAAAAAGAAAAAGAAAAACUAGAAAGGCAACUAAAGAAGAGCAAGCAGACUGAGGAGGAUAUGCUGUAUGGGACAGCAGUGCAAACCCCCAAGCGGAGGUUGCUGGGCAACCAUACACCAAAUAAAUCACGAAGGAUGAAUGCUACCUCCAGUAUUUCUAUGGCCACGUCCAACAGCACCAUGCGCUCUGCAGCCUCUGCCUACAGCGGAAUUGUCUGUCGCUCACCUGUGCCGCGCUCACCGAUGACACGGCCCCCUUUAUCUGCCAAUAAGGGUCCCGCACAAAGAAUUGGUGGUGGUAAACCUCCCCAUCCAAAAGUGAACUGUGACAAAGAGAAUGAGACUCAGUUGAAGGGAACCCCUCUGAGUGGUGCGUUGCUGACCCCCGCUAGUCCGCAGUGUAACGUCAGCCUUAACUCAGUUGCCAGCACAUAUUCCGAGUUUGUGCGAGACUUGUCGAAGGCCUCUAACCCCAAGAUCCAGCAGCACAUCCUGAACUCUACCAUCACCAAACUUUAACCUCUCACCUCUGGACAUGACUCCCUCCACUAUAUAUAUUUAUAUACAUUCACAUGAUGGAAAUCCACAGUUGUUUAUUCAUGAGCUCAACUUUACAAUUGCAAAACUUUUUUUUUCUACUUCAUAAAAAAUUCUGAAUAGAUAGCACAAUAUGGCGCUCUAUGCAUUUAAAUGUAAGUGAAGUUAAUAAUGCAGUAUUAGUGGUUAAUGAGGGGCUUUGCUGCUUUGAGCGGUGCUAUCACACAGAUGUUUAGUCUGUCACUGUCCACGGGAAACAUGCUAUAGUCACGCUGCCUUGCCUUUUAAGUGUUGACGAAGAUGAAAAGAAAAUCCGGCCUCAUGGUAUUUGUUUGUAAGCAACAUUUAAUUAGUCAUCAUUCAGAAGUUAUGCAAUCUAAAGGUGACCCACCAAAUGUAAUAUAUAUAUUUGCACUUUUUGUAAAAUAUCUUCCAGUUCAUUGUGUAGUUUUACACACUGUUCCAUUUGAAGUUUUCCCCCCUGGUUGUAACGUGUGACUGUCUGUACAUAUAUAUUUUUUAUUUCUUUACAUCCCUUUUUUUUUUUUUUUUUUUUUUUUGACAAGCGGAAUGGACUAGCCAUUAAGAUGGUAAUAAGUCCUGUACCAGUGCUUUUACAUUUAGUGGACAGGAUCGUUAAUGUAAAAGCUCUAUCUCACUUAGAAUCACUACAUGGGCAAACAGCAUUUUAUGUAUGGCUCGUAUGUAAUCCAUUACUAAGCAAUUGUUUUUAUGGGAAAUGUAAAAACGUCCUCAUGUAUGCCUUUUUUUCUACUGUAAAGACUGGGAAACUGGGGCGUUUUGUUUUUCUUUUUCCCUUUGAUGCUCUAUUGUAAUUUGGAACAUGGUGAUACUUGAGUGAAGGGGUCAACUUCUGUUCAUUUGAAUUACUUUAGAACAACUGCAGUUUCUGGUGUACGGGGUGAUUCAAAAAGAACGAGCCAAAGCCAUUAGGCAUUUAUUCACUUCUAAAGCAAUGUAAUGGAAUAAAUCCAUCACUUUCAAAAUG